AGCAGUGUCCUUGUUCAGUAAACAUGUUUUUAGUCACACUAUUAAUUAUAAAUUUGAUCUUUGCUUUUAUUGCAUGGGUGUACUGUAAAUUGACUAGCGGUGUAUGUAUCAGCAGCAGGCAUUUGGUGGGGAAAACGGUCAUUGUGACUGGAGCGAAUGCUGGGAUCGGGUAUGAAACGGCGAAGGAUCUGGCGGCUAGAGGCGCGAGGGUGAUACUAGCGUGCAGGAACGAAAUCCGCGGCCGCGCAGCUAAGGAUCAGAUAACCACUGCUACUGGAAACUCUGAUGUCCACUACCAACACCUCGACCUCGCAUCAUUAAAAUCAGUCAGAUCGUUCGCAGACAAUAUCCUCAAAACCGAAAAACAUCUUGACAUCCUCGUAAACAACGCAGGCUGUUAUGGAUCAAAUUUCGAGAAAACUGAAGAUGGACUACUUCUAGAAAUGCAGAGUAACCAUUUCGGACCUUUCUUACUAACCAAUUUGUUACUUCCACUACUUAAAUCCUCAGCACCAAGUCGCAUAGUGAAUGUUUCGUCAGUCGCACAUAUUGGUGCUGUUAUUGACUUCGAUAAUCUAAAUGCAGAAAAGGAAACUAAAAAGACCUAUAGUAAAAUGAAAGUGUAUUGUAAUACAAAGAUGUGUAACAUAUUGAUGACGGUAGAAUUGGAAAGGCAGUUAAAAGGAACGGGUGUGACCGUGAAUGCUUUACAUCCUGGAAUUAUCGCAACGGGGAUUUCAGCGCACGACCGGCUAAUGAAGUACGCCUUGUUUUUCUUGAAGCCAUAUUGUAAAACGCCGUGGGAAGGAGCGCAGACCACUAUCCACCUAGCCGUGGCGCCGGAGCUCUCCGGUACGAGUGGCCGGUAUUUUAGAGACUGCAGAGAAGUGAACCCGAGCAAACAAGCUCAUGAUACUGAACUGGGUCGAAAACUUUGGGAAGAAUCGGAGAGACUGGUUAAAUUAAAAACUGCAUAGUGAACUAU